UAUACGGAUGUAGAUGUUUUGCAACAGUUUAUGCGGGUGUAACAGACGUCUUUACUGUACAGUCACUCACUCCCGAAGCUUGUCACCUUGAUCUGUGAACUUAAUUCGUGGUGUUUUGGAGUCUUUUACCCGGCUCGGAGAAAAUGGCGUCAGUCGACCUUGCUAAAGUUGGAAAAAACUUACUGAAGAGCGAUGAAAGCGAGGAGAAAGUAGAGCUCCAGUCUCUGUGGCAGGACCAGCCGGUGGUCCUCUUCUUCCUGCGCAGGUUUGGCUGUCAGGUAUGUCGGUGGACGGCAUCAGAGAUCAGCAAACUGGAGCCAGACCUGAGGGCCAACGGGGUAGCGCUAGUGGGAGUCGGACCAGAAGAAUUUGGGCUCCAGGAGUUCAAGCAAGGAGGCUUUUUAAAAGGACCCCUUUAUGUGGAUGAACAAAAGAAAUGUUACAAGGAUCUGGGCUUCAAACGGUACAACGCUUUAAGUGUGGUUCCUGCAGCAUUGGGGAAAAAAGUACGAGAUGUAGCAGCAAAGGCCAGCGCUGAAGGAAUCCAGGGAAACUUCUCAGGAGAUCUGCUCCAGAGUGGAGGCAUGGUCAUUGUGGCCAAAGGUGGAGAAAAGGUCCUACUGCACUUUAUCCAAGAUUCACCAGGAGACUACCUGCCUUUGGAGGAGAUUACCAAGGCUCUGGGUAUCUCAGCCACAGUAAAAGAAGGACAGAGGCCAGUGUGCAACGAUGAAGUUUGUACACGAUGAUGACGGAGCUGCUCUUCGUACCUGAACUGCACGUCUCGCCUCUUUGGAAGAUUCAUGAAGUGGGAUACCGUUUAAAAUGAUUGGCAAUGAAGUAUUAAAUCACUAAUAAUAUUCCAGUGCCACAGUUUUUAAUCUAUUGUUUGUUUGUUUGUUUGUUUUUUAAUAAACUGUAAUGGUUUAUGGUACAAA